AUGGAUUGGAAGACUGAGAAAGCUCUUUUAGAGUAAGAAACCCAACUGUUAGAAAUGUAGUUAAAAGAGUUAUAAGAAAGAGAAGAUUCUUAUAAGAUAUUUAACGAAUCGAUACUUAAUGCUUACAAUUCAAUGCAAAAUGAUGUUUAGAAAUAAAAUGUAAAGGUUUUUUAUUAUAUUAAUUCAGAAUAAUAUUCAUAAGCAAUUGUAAUAAACUUUGGAACAGUUUUCUCAAGACUUAAUUGAAUCCAAAAAUAGAAAUAAUACUAUGCUAUAAUAAUUGGAGAUCGAAAAUAGAAAUUUAAAAGAUUACUUAGAAUUAUUAGAAUAUCAAAUCUAAGAAUAGAGGUAAGAAUAAAAGAGAGAACUAUAAGAAUUUAAAUAACUAUUUCCUAUUUCUCAAAAUUAAAAUGAACCAACAAUAACGAUUGAAUAAAAAAAGAAAAAAAAGGAAGAUAAAGAAAAUAAUAAACCAGAAAGAGGAGGAGGAUGUAUAAUAUCACGUAAACCUAAAAAUGAAGAAAUAUAAGAAAAAGAAUUUAAUGCAAGUAAUGUAUUAAAUUGUAAAAAUUCUAAUUUAUUGGAAAUAUCUUAAAUGGAUUGGUUGGAUUAAUCAUCUCCUAUUGAUCUUUUUAAACAAUAUUAAUUAAAUUAAAGAGGCAGAGACAAUUCAAAUUAUUCUUAAAGAAUAUAGCCUCAACUUUCAAAAAGAGAAAUUCUACAUUAAAGAAAAAGUAAUCAUUAAAUUAGCCCUUCCUAUAUUAAUGAACGAAAAUCAAAUAAUAAUAUUACUCCAAAAGGAAAACUAGGAAAUAAUGAAUUUAAAUUAAUAACUUCAAGUUAAUUACUAUUAAAGGAUAACUUAAAGAAAGAAAGUAAUCAAAUGAAAUUUGAGAAGAAAUCUCUAGAUGAAUUUAGUAGAUAAAUCAAUUCAUUUAAAUCCACAGAGAAUCUUUCUUAAGUAUACAGAAAAAGUUAAUUAUCUUGA